AUGGUGGUCCGUGACAUGUUCCGUCGGGUCAAGAAUCGCAGGAGGCACCAACUUCCCGAGGGUGCGGAUGUUAUUACGCCCUUUCCUUUCGACCUGCACGACCUGCAGCACUCCGGCCAGUGCUCCGUCCCGACAUCCCACGAAGACAGCUCGCAGCCACCCGUUAUGGAUACUCAGAGCAGCACGAGUGACCGCCCAGCUCCAGGCGACCCGAGUCGUGCCGGGGCGCCCCCGGUCUGUGCGGCCUCAGAGUUGAGCGACAGACUUGCGGUGUUUCAUCGCCCGGCCGACGAGCGCCCCGUCGGUCCCAUUCAGCCUGCCUCCAAAUGGCCUGCCAUCGGCAUCCAAUGGUCGGCAUCUUGUGACAUGAUAGACGCCACCAGCGUUCGAACCUCGGCUUCGUCCAAGGACGAAGCCAGGAUCGAACUUGCCCCCUACCUCGCUUCGGCGAUUUUUCACAAGAGUGAUUAUUAUCUCACUGGAUUGGCCUUUGAUCCCGUUCCUGGCUAUGUUCAAGCUGUGCUCCGUCCGGGACAGAGGGACCCCAUGGGCAGCCGGGACGGGCGUGAACCGAUCAGCACCAGUUCUCCCCUGCUGGCCCCUCAGCCCCGCCGCGACAGCCUGGCGGAUUUCUUGAUUCAGCAUCAAGGCUUCGUUGGACAUGGACCUCCUACUCCAUCCUCCGAGCCUAGCGCGACUUCCCCCGCUCUUUCCGGCAUAGAGGAUGAUCACCCCAGUCAUUCUUUGGGAUCGCCGCCUACCUCGGCAAAUGAUCUCCCCGGCAAAGAAAGCGGCAAGGAGAACGAAGGCCCUGAUGGUCGUUUGAACGGGAUCUUGAGGGCAGGCAGAGGAGGUAACACUGAAGCCGUCGGAGAGACGAUCAGGCGGGCUCAUGAUUUGGGGGCCCAGUUUCUGUCCGCACAGGUCUCACAGGCUUGCCAGAAGAUUAGAGCAGCUCCGUUCGGCGCCGGACUGAGCACCGGCUCCUCCCCCCUCACUUCGAACCUCCUCGGUUCCUCUAAGCAUUUCGGCGCUGGUUUCGAUGUCUCCCCGGGCGAUUCUUCCAUCCAGCAUCAGUGUCUUGCACCUGCGGUUGCUCCAGCCAACGCCUUCGACCCGGCUGUCGCCCAGCAGAAGUCGGUUUACCAUGCGGUUCCGACCAAGAGCACUAGAGUGGCCCUUUCCCCGGCGGCGGCGUUCCAGCUCUAUUGGAUCCAUCUGGAGAAGUCCAACAGUCGCGCAAUCGACCUGUACGCCCUUCCCCUGGAGCAUAACUCCGCCAAUCCGACCGCCGUACGAUCUCUCCCUUCCUCUUUCGGGCGCAGCUCGCGUCGUUCUUCUCGUGCUGCUGGCAACUCGGACCACCAGCGCGAUCUUCGACCGUCCAGUGCAACCCGCAGCUCCCGAUACGCACAAGGAUACGCCUCCUACUUCAGUUAUGGAUCCUGCGGCAGCCUCUCUGCGAACGGAAGCACUCAGAUCCGCGCGGCCGUUCUCCGCAACCCGUCGGGUUGCGGACAGAAGGAUGUCCCUGAGCUGGGACACAGCCAGUCUACCUACGGUCAGCCGAUGCAGACGAUCAUUGGUGGUUUCGACAAUGCCAGUCCAGCCCCCAAGCCCGCUGGAAAGCGCCGCGGUCUGCCUUCGGGGCUGAUGAUGACACCAAUCGAGCCUCAUCAGGAGCCCCGACCUGUCGUCCGGCAGCCCAGCGGACAUCGACACAGGGGAGCUGCUAAGGUCCCUUAUACGGACCCCAGCUUCUCCUCGUUCCGCCACGCGCCUCCUCGUCAGAGCUCUGCAGGUAGCCAGGUCUCUCGCGCUCCCUCGAAAAGCCAUUCCUGUGCCUGUCACCUCUCGGAGACUCAGAAUGACUCACGCCGCCCGUCGGCCGGCCAUUCGGCCAUGUCGCACUCGCAUUCCGCUCAGCUUGAUUCUCGCCGCCCCUCUGCCACCACCACGUCCUCGCGCCACCCCUGCACCUCGGCGUCCGCUAUGCGUCGUCCUUCGGCGUCUGGCUCGGAUGUCAGUCGCCCUUCGGUUGGAACCGACUCCGCGCGUCGCCCCUCUGCUGGCGCUCCGCUCGCCCAGCACCACUCGGCCGUGUCUCCCUCGGCUUCCCGACGCCCAUCUCUUUCGGCAGCGUCUAAGAACCCGGGUUCGCGCUUUGACAACGUUUACGAGGCAACUAACGGCCGCUCCCGCAGCGGGUCUCGCCCCUCGGCCUACUCUGCUCCUCGCCGUAGGUCGUCCACGACCGCGCCCGCCCCCGACAAGGAGAAGCCCGUCUACACGCGUGCUUACCUGAAGCGCUUCACCCGCUACCCGCUUCCCAAGGCACCCAUUCCGGCAGACUUCCAGCUGCCGACCCACGGCUUCCCCCGCUUCUGCGAGGGCAGGAAGAGCGAUGGACAAAACUGCUGGAAUUUCUGUCUGAAGUGGAGUCCCCGAGAGGACGCGCUACUCCGGUGCCUGUACUGCGAGCAGUUCAUCCCUCGCGAGGAAGAGGAGGACGCUUACGCCGCUUACGCCGCCGCUGUCGCCGCCGCCGCGAAGGACAACCGUGACUGGGAGACGAGCACCCGCGGCUGGUGA